GAGGCCAGUAUCCAGUGCAGUGCCUCAGGGGUCAGUACUGGGGCCAAUGUUAUUCAGUAUAUUCAUUAACGAUUUGGACGAGGGAAUAGAGUGCACUAUCGGCAAGUUUGCUGAUGACACCAAGCUGGGAGGGGUGGCUGACACACCAGAAGGCUGUGCUGCCAUCCAGAGACCUGGACAGGCUGGAGAGUUGGGCGGGGAAUAACCUGAUGAAAUUUGACAAGGGCAAGUGUAGAGUCCUGCAUCUGGGCAGGAACAACCCCAGGUUCCAGUAUAGGUUGGGAAAUUACGUAUUAGAGAGCAGUGUAGGGGAAAGGGACCUGGGGGUCCUGGUGGACAACAGGAUGACCAUGAGCCAGCCCUGUGCCCUUGUGGCCAGGAAGGCCAAUGGCAUCCUGGGGUGUAUUAGAAGGGGGGUGGCUAGUAGAUGGAGAGAGGUCCUCCUUCCCCUCUGCUCCGCCCUGGUGAGACCACAUCUGGAAUAUUGUGUCCAGUUGUGGGCCCCUCAGUUCCAGAAGGACAGGGAACUGCUGGAGAGGGUCCAGCGUAGGGCAACGAAGAUGAUUAAGGGAGUGGAGCACCUCCCUUAUGAAGAAAGGCUGAGGGAGCUGGGGCUCUUUAGUUUGGAGAAGAGGAGACUAAGGGGGGACCUCAUUAAUGUUUAUAAAUAUAUAAAGGGUGAGUGCCAUGAGGAUGGAGCCAGGCUCUUCUCGGGGGCAAACAAUGAUAGGACAAAGGGUAAUGGGAGCCGGAGGAGGGGAUUGCUUUGGGGGCUUCAUCAGGGGUCUGGGACAUGCAGAGGCAGGGCGCCCAGCGGCUGUGUGCCCCCAAUCCAGGGUGCCCCCAUAGCCAUGACCUGGGUGCCGACAGCUGCCUCUGGCCAUUGAUUUCUUCGUUAUUUGCGUCCCCUUCGCUCUCCCGCCACGCUGCAGCGAUGCUGGUGGGAGGGGGCGUUAAGAAACCCCCCCCACCCAGCACCCACCCCUGUGCUGCUGCUCCUUCUCUCUAGAUUUAUAUAUAUUAAAUAUAUAUUUUUAAAAAAUGAGGGGAGAAAAGACCAUCUAGAGGCUCUCAAGGGCCAGUGCCCUCCCCAGCAGUGUGUGCCCCCCACCCUAGAAAUAAUACCUAGAAAAUUGUUCCAGUGCGAUUCUCAGGGGAGCCCCCGCUCCCAACACCCUGGCCCGGGACCCCCCUGACCCCCCCACCUCCGCCAACCCAGUCUGGUCUCUGGCUGUCCAUGGUGGCCGUGGCUUUCUGGGGGGCAGGGGGUGGUGGAGGCCGUGGGCGGUGGGUGAGGAGGGGGCAGCCAGGCGGGCUGGGGGUUGUGGGUGAGGAAGCCCAGUAGGGACUGAAGCUCCUGGGGGCACAGGCCAUGGAGGUGAUGGGGCUGAUGCUGCUCUGUGGCUCUCGGGGGUUCGCAGCUUGGAGAACGUGGCCAGAGCGUCGGGGAAGUUGGGCGGCGUGGCCGGUGUGUUGCUGGGGGUGCACAUCUGCGGGGGUGUCAGAUCGGCCAUGGAUGGUUUUUGGAGUCCCAACCUGCCAACUCCCCAUCACUGAAGAUCUGGCUGCAUCCCGCACCAGGGGAUGCUCGAAGCCGAGCUCUGGUGGGUAUUGGGGUACCCAGCGCUGCAGGGUCUGGGUGGCACCCCCAGAACGUGGGGGCUGCCUGGGGAGGAUCUCCAGCCCAGGCAGGGCCAGCUCGGGCUGCGAAGAACAGUUUGGACCAUCCAGGGUGCUUAGAGCGCUGGGGUGCAGCGGGUUUGGGGAGGGGACACUGCUCUGAUGCCAGCUGCCCCGGGCAGGGAUGAGGUGAUGCAAUGAGGACCAGCACGAUGGGUGGGGAGAGUUUUGGGGUCCCUCAGGACCCUCUUCACCCGGCUCCCUGUCCCCUGCUCCACUUCGCACCCCAUUAGGACACAGAAAGUCAGGCAGGGCCCCCGGGACACGAGGCGCUGGCCGGGCCCCUCGCGGUUCCCGGCACGGCCCCUGCUUUCUGAGCACUGAGCUGAAUUUAGUGCCCUCCCCACCUCCCCCCCGGACAGACCCGGCCCUUUUUGAGGCCAGUCUUGUCAAAAACCCCAGGAGCUCACGAUGAAAAUGAGAAGUUAAAUGAUUCCUCACAACACCAUUCAACACAAGAACCGAGAGGUUUUUGACACCUGCUUCCUUGUCGGUGUCCUACUGAGCACUAGCACAAAGCCAAGAGUGUUGCUCAGCAGCACCAACCGCGUCUGCCAGGAAUUAAUCUUCAACAUGAACCAGGGGCAGCAGAAGGCAGUCACCAGCACCACAGACAGCAAAGGAGAAGUCUGCAAGAUCCCGUAAGGCUGGAAUAGACUGUUGGCAUCUGCUCUCCACGGCAAAAGUGGAGGAGAGCGUAGAGGGAAAAGAAAUGAAAGUCAUUGACAGUGAAAAAUGCGUGGCGAAACACAGGAGGUUCUGACACAAGAAGACCCUCCCAGGAGCAAGCCAUGACUUCUGGAGCCAGCAUCUCUGGCCCGGGAUGAACGCUUGCCCAUUGCCGUGCGGCCACUUGGGGUGCAAAACUGGGGUUUGAGAGGGGCUGUUGCCCCCCGGUGUCUUGCUCUGCCUGGAGAUGUCUGUGCAGAGGUCCCUGGACAGGACGCCUCUUCCUCAGUCAGCGCUGGCAAAAGCCAUCUGGGGACACGCUCCGUCCCCUGGAACUCUUCCUUGUGUGACUCGCAGCUCACGUGUGACAGCGCUGCUCCAAACUUGGCCAUCUCUAAGGACCGGCUUUCUUUGGGAUGUGGGGUUCACUCUCAGAGGAAUCAUGGCAGCCCUGCUUUCUGUGUUGGGGUCUCCCUUUCAGCGAUGGAGCAGCUUCAGUUCGCAGUGCAAAAGGAUCUUGCAAUGGCUGUGUAGCUAGCAGCAGCGUUUCUGAAGCAUCAGAGGAGAUGUCAGAGCCAUGAGGCUGAGGGACGGGACUCCCAGCACAAGAUUGCCCGUGUUUCAAAAGGGAGGCAGCCGUGCCAGCUGGAGAACCUCUCUCGCAGCUCCAUCCCCAGCAAAGAGCUGUCUCUAGAGCAGUUUGUGCUGCUUACGGGCAAGAUCAGCCUUUGCAUUUGAACCACCUUCUUGCAGAGGUGACAGGAAACAUCCUCUGGUUUAUGUCGUUCCAGCUGCAAAGGCCAGAGCAGUGUUCUUGAGGGAGCAAGCGAUGAGCACAUUUCCUGGUCAGCAGCCGCUGGCUCAUGCCAACGGUCAAGAGAGGCAGAAGAAAUCCCUUCAGAACAGCUCCCUCUCAAAAGACACCCUUCUGCUUGAUGAACCGCAGGGAAAGGCGUCCUAAACCAGGCACUUUGACCUUGUUUUCAGCCCAGGUUCCCAGUGCUGGUGCACUCGUGAGCCAGUCGCUGCACAUCUGCCACCAAGGGGAAUCGCCUCCGAGGCCAGCUGUGCCAUGGGGAAAGGAAAGGGUGAGACGUCGGGAGAGUUUCAUUUAGUGCACAACACGGAUAAAGCCAUUCUUUCUGCAAUUAAAACUGAGGGUAUUUAAUUGAGUGAAAUGAGAUUUCAUUCCCCAUGACCUGUCUGAUUGUACUUUGAAUCUGGGCACGGGCUGCAGUGACCUGCCACAGCAUUUGAGGUGUCACCAGCUGCAUUGUAGGUGGUAAAGUGGGAAAGGCAGGAGGGAGCCUCAGCAUCUCCCAUCCCGUGGGUGACUUCAUCACAAAGGACCAGGGCGGCGCCCGCUGGCUCCUGGGGCGGCUGUUGCCAGGCAACAGAGACACUAUAUUGUCCCCUGUCACCUGUGCCCCUCGCCCAUUUGGUCACUGGCCGUGGUGGGAUCACUUGCUGUGGUGGGAUCACUGUGGUGGUGGACUCAUUUUGGCAGUUGGAUCGCUUUCGUGGUGGGAUCGCUAUUGGUGGUUGCACCACUUUUGGUGGUAGGAUCGCUACUGGUGGUUGAACCACUUCUGGUGGUUGAACUGCUGUUGGUGGUUUUAUCACUUUCGGAACUUGGAUCUGUUUGGCGACUGGAUCACUUUCAUCACUCGGAUUGCUUUUGGCACUUGGAUCUGUUCGGUGACUGGAUCACUUUCUGUGGCAAGAAGGAGGAGGAGAAAGGCUGCUGGCUGCCCAUCCCUCCAACAUCAUCUCCGGACAGAAGAGCUCCCGUCUUCCCACAUCCAGUUCAGUGUUUUCGGGCAGAGCAGCAGCGAUGGCCACACGUGGACUGCUGGAGAUGCUGAACGCCGCCAUGGGGACACCCCAUUUGGGGGUUGUCGACUUGGUGGCACUGCACAAAUUGCUUGAGGCCAUCAUCGGGCAGCUGGGCCAGCAGGAGCUGUCUGUCCUGGAGCCAGGGCAGAGCCCGACCCCCGGCCUGGCAAAGGAUCAGGACAGCAAGGCCCAGCCUGGCCAGGAGAAGGAGGAGGACGGAGCCCUGGGCACAGGGCAGCACCUCUGGAAACCAAAGCAGCAGCUGGAUGAGAAGGACAUGCUGGAGGGGACCGGGAGCAACUCCAAGGUCUCCUCCGUGGCCAAGGAGGCCAUGCCAAAAACAACGGAAGAGGAGAAGAGAGAUGUCCCCAAGAAAAGGGCUUCGCUCCAGGACCUGUGGGAGGAGAUCAGCAAGUUUAAGGAGGCGCAGUCCAGCCUGGAACAGGACGUGCGGGAGAUGAAGGAGGCCAUGCAGGAGGCGCAUUCUGGCCUGGAACAGGACAUCCAGGAGGUGAAGGAGGCGCAUGUCGGCCUGGCAGAGGACAUGCAUGCCCUGCAGGAGGCGCAUUCCGGCCUGGCGGAGGACAUCCAGGAGAUCCAGGAGACGCUUGGCCUGGAGGGUGCUGGGGGCCAGUCUGCCCCCGCUGAGCCCACCCAGGUGGCCAUGGACAGCCAGGCCAGGAGGAGCUCAGCACUGGAGCCAAAGGGACGUGGGACACAGCCUGGGAUGGAGACCAGCAAGGGGACUGCAGGGUCUGGCUCCCCGGGGAUGCAAGCAGGGAUACAGGGGCAACCAGCGACCCCUGUGAAGUUGUCAGGCGCUCCCUCCAUUCACAAGAGGUCUAUUGGUGCCAACGCCACCACCCCGGGGAUGCAGCCAGGAUCCCCGGGCACCCAGGCCAGCACCUCCCUGGGGACACAACCAGGGGCCCCUGAUGCCCAGGCCAGCACCGCGGGGAUGCAGGCAGGAUCCCCUGGGACCCACACCACCACCCCUGGGGUGCAGCCUGGGUCCUCCAGCUCCAAAGCCACCAUCCCAGGGGAUGCCCAAGAGCCGGCCAAGCCCUGGGGCUCCACCAGCACCUCAAGCUACGAGUCGGAGAUGCGGGAGGUGCUGUCACAGGUUGGGCAGCUCGGCCAGCUCUGCGCUGGUCUGAAGGAACAGGUGGAGCAGCUUAAAUCUACAAAAGCAGAAAGCGCAGAUCUUGAGGACGUGCGCCGGCUCUUCCCAAAGGGAGGCCGGCAGAGCAUCACCAGCAUCCUGGCCGACCUCAGGUGCCAGGUGUCCUUCCUGCAGGACAUGGCCAGGGCCCUCCACGGGGAGAAGGAGAAGAUCAGCAAGGUGGAGGAUGCUCCCAGAAAGACGAGGGGGUCUGGAGCCGGUAGGAAAGCAGACGGCAGUGGCCAGAUGACCCAACAGCCACGGCCCAAGGGACAGAAGGUCAAGGCAGAGCGCAAGGAGCUGGGGAAGCAGCAGGAGCCAACCCAGGCCGAGCUGGAGCAGUUUGCGGCCAAGUACGUGAAUAAGUUGGUGAUGGAGGCAGCGCAGCAGCUGCAGGCAGAGCAGGUGGACGAGCCGAGGACGACGGCGCAGAGCGGGGGACACGAACACGCAGGGUGCCACGUCUGCAGCCCGGACACCAGGGUGCUGCUGGGGAAACUCCUCCAGCGCUGCGAGAAGCUCGAGGAGCAGGUGGAGUCCCUGGUCCAGAAGGCGGGCAGCAAGGUGGAGAGUCAUCCGAAGUGGAGGAGACAGUCCCUGCAGCAGGACGAGCAACUCAAGUGCCUCCAGGCCAGCAUCAUGCAGCUACAAAAGGACUAUGAGAAGUUGAGCUCGGCCCUUGCAAACCUCCAGCAGGAUCGUCAGCAGAAGCAGAAUGACAUCAAGGCUCUGUCCCAGGCCCUGGGGAGGCUGGAGAAGAAGCAAGCAGACAAGGAGGAGAUGCUGGUGCUGGGAAUCGAUGAGAAAGCAGACAAAGCCUCCCUGGCUGACAAAGUCAGUCGCAGCCAGCUUGAGGCGUGCGAGGAGCGGCUGACCAAGAUGAUGGAGGAGGUGACGAGCCGGGUGACGGGCCAGGAGAACGGCUGGCUCCAGUUCCAGAAAGAGCUGCAGAGACAGAUGGACUGCAAGCUGGACCGCCGGGAGCUGGGGGCGUUCCGGCAGCAGCAGGAGGAGCGGUGGAAGAGCCUCAGCGGGCAGCUCCAGGAGAAGGCGCUGCAGGCAGAGCGUGACGAUGCCGCUGGGAUUAGGAAGCAGCUGCUGCCCGGUUUCCAUUGCCUGUCCUGCGACCGGCCCCUCAACAUGCUGGCACCUGGACCGGAGCGGACGGGCGAGUGUAGAUACCCCACUGUUCCGCGGAGCUGCGGAGGCCAACACACCGUCACGCCCCCGCGUUUCCAGCCCAAACCGCCCAGCACCCCACGGCCAUCCCAACCCAGUGCCCGCAGCCCCAACAAGAAGGACGCGAUGCAGCUGUUGGGCCAGGACGGCACUGAUGGGAACCAGCAGGACGAGCAGCUCUCCAUGAUGGGGGGCUCUGAGCUGCCCACAAUGCCAAGGGCCACCCCAGACACCCCGACCUCCAGGAACCGGCCAAGCACCCGCUCCUCGCUGAGAUCAGCCGUGCUGCUGCACCUACCAGUCUCGUCUCCCAGACGCUUCACCCUGGCACCGCAGCUGCUGCCGCCCAUCCCGCCCCCCCGCCGUGAACCAACCCCCUGACAGCCGGGCAGGACGGGGUCCCGGCCCCGGUCCCACCGCCCCGGGCACUGAGCAGGCAGCGGCUGCAAUAAAUGGCGAUGGGAAACCAAGCACCGGUGUGGUCUGAGAGGAGUCCCUGGGGCAGGAUGGCAGAAAGCCCCCUGUGUUUGCUUUUUCAGGAGAAAAAUAAGUGCUAAAAAGGCGCUUUGGGGGUGCCCAGGUGGAUCCAGUUGGUAUCCAGGCCCCCCCAGAAGGAGCACGGGGAGCAAACCAGUGGGCACCAGGGCAGAGCCAGCAGAGGCCCAUCCUGCCCCCGGGUGGGGCUGAGGUGUCCAUGGGCUUCAGAAACACCCCUGGGACUAACUGGGGGGACGGGGUGAGGGGGGAACCAGGGGGCUGUGCAAGAAGCCGGGCUGGCUGUCGGCAGCCGGAGGAGGGGAGCGCUUUGCGCUUUGCUCUGGGUCAGGGGAUCCAGAACUGGGGGGACGCAGCAGCUUCGUGCCCCGCCCCGGGGUGCCCACGGCCGCCGUGUGGCAGAUGUAUUGUUAACCCCGUCUCCCCCCCACUUCCCCCUUUUGCCCCUCCCUCUCCCCCCUUCCCACUCAGGACAGGCGAUCCGGAGGGAAAGAAGGACAGAGAGAAGAGAGUUGGAAAAACUGGCAAUGUUUUACUAAUGCUAUAUUAAGAGUAGAGAAAAUAAUACAAAACCAAUCCUGAAAGUCUCAGCAACUGCAGAGCCGGCACCUGAAGUCCUGGACUGGACUCUGCAGCCAACCGGAGCUGGAUUCAGUCUCUCAGUAGGCCUCAGUUUGCAGGGACGACUAGCAAGGUCCUCUCCUAAUGUCACCAUAAGCAGAAGGGACGAAAAGGGGCAAAGAGGACAAGAUCCUCAUGAUCUGCCACUUGUAUAUGAAGUAUUCAUGUGAAGGGGAUGUUAUACACGGUUGGUCAGUUUGUUGGUCACCUGUUUCUUGUUGCUCCUCUUGCAAGAUGUGAAUCUGUCCUUAUCAACAAGUAAGCAUUCCAUUGCAAUGUUUAUCAAAACAUGUAUCUGGUUCUCCAGGAAAAGGCAGCUAAUAUGAAGCUUUAGCUGACAGGCAAAUUCAUGCUGUCUGCCUAUCAGAUUGCCGGAGGGGCGGGCGUCGAGGGCUGGGUACUGCGUGCCGCCCGCAGCCAAUGAUGGUGCGGAAGAGGCGGGCGUUGCGGUGUCCCUACUGCGCAUGCCCCAGUUGCGAGCGCUGAUAGGCGGAGAGGGAGAUGAUUGACGUGUCCCGGGGAGCCAACCGGGAUGCGGCAAGGGGCGGGUGCUGCAGUCUCCCUAGUGCGCAUGCCCAAACCGCGAGCGCUGAUAGGUCCGCGGUGUCUCGGUGCCGGGGCCGGGGGGGGAGACCGGGAGCGAACGGGAACGGGGGUCGGGGCGGCUGCGGAGCGCUCGCUGCGGCCGGCGCCCGGGCAUCGGGAGGCGGGCGGCUCAGGGCCGCCCUUCGUGAGGUUUCUCGGAGGCGGCAGAAGGGCGGAGGGGAAGGAGGCGACAGCCGGGGACCUCCCGCCGCGGGCGUCUCGGGGGCGCGGCGGCUGUCGGUGCCCGCGGAGCCCGGCGGGACGGCGGGGGAGCGCGAGGGGCACGGAGCGGCGAAAGAGGCGGCAGUGGAUCCGUCUGGCAGUCGGUGGCCCACGGUUGCUCGGCAACAGCAGAAGCGGAUUGAAGGGACCGGCCGCUGGAGGAUGCCGAAGCCUCCCGGGUCAGCGAUGGGAGCAGCUUUGCGUAAAGCGAGGGGUACGUGAAGCCGGGCGUGCGGUGCCGACCGCCCAGCAGGUAAGGGAAGCUAAAGCUUUACCUCCAGGGACUUCUGCCCAGAAAGCUGAAGCAAUUGCUCUCGCGUGAGCUGUAGAGUUACGCAAAGAGAAGAAGAUUAGUAGCUGCACUGAUUCUAAGCAGGUUUCUUGAAGGGUGCGGGCCCUUGAAGCCGUUUGAAAAGAAUAAAGUGUAUUAACGGCACAAGGGAGGCAGAUUAAACGUGAUGCUCCGGUUGCUGGAAGCUGUGCUCUUGCUAGGAGAGUUGCCGUCACGCGUUGCAACGGGCCUCAGAAGGGAAACGCUGCUCAGGAAACUGGCAAUAAAUUGGCAGGCGCCGCUGUCAAACCAGCCACCGAAAGGACAGAGACCGGUACGGAAGCCGCGUCUCUGAGCCCAGGUGGCCGUGUCCUCCAGCCAACGUCAGGAAACUGUAACAAAGAGGAUAAGCAAUUAAUAGGAGAUCUAUAGCCCGAUCAGAAUUAGGGUCCAAAGGAGCCGUCACCGGCGACGGGAGAGCAGCGGCGCCUCGCGGCGCGAGGAGCUGACGCGCUCUGUCGAGAUCGGACGAACAGGUAAGAGCGAAUUUAGAAGCUCUGUGCGAACGAGGCAAUGGGAAACGUGCCUAGAAAACCAUCUUGAUGGUGCACGCGGGGUACAGACAAGAGCAGCCGGACGAGGGAAACGUACCAGGACAACGCUGGCAAAGGGAGUUCUCCGAGCUGCCUGGAAAAGGGGGGUGUCGAUACCGGCCGGCACGAACGGCUCCCUUCUCGGGUCGGCCGGAAGCGUUGCCGUGCCGGGGGGCGGCUGCCGGCCUGCGGGCCGGGGCUGCGGCUGUUUGGGGCGCUGCCCCCGCUUUGUUUUCCUCGGGGAGCCCCCCCACGUUCGGGGGCUUGUGGGACGUGCACGUGCGAAUGACACGGUGUUCCCAGCUGCUCUGUUCUCUGCCUUGUUUUUUCAGGUGCCUGUCCCUGUUUUCUGUUCCCGCUUUUGAAGAGAAGCUGCCGAGUCAGCGUACGCUGCGGUGAAGUUCUACAAGAUGCGGCCCUCAGGAACCGGUUGACGUGAGGGAAAUGCUUUCUGACCGCCUGCGCGGUGAGGGGACGGUUUUCACCUUUUAGCUCCUUCUGCACGACAAGAGGGAGACGGAAGAGGGGGAGCUGUGACCGCCCCGUGCUCAGCAGACCCCCCAGCCCGGGUGGGGGGAGCAGCGCCGGAGCGGGAGACGCGGCUCCGUCCUCCGUCCCCAGCGUGCCGGGGGGCGGCUCCCGGCCUGUGGGACGUGGCUGCGGCUGUUCGGGGCGCUGCCCCCCCAUGUUUGGGCGCUCUGGUAUGUACAUAGGUAAAUGGCGUUUUAAAGUAAUGUGCUGCCCGCUGGGGCUGUUUUCCUUUUCUACCUUUUUUUUUUGAGUGAAUAAAUGGGGGGACUCGGGGGGUGACGAUGACGUUACUGGAGGAGCAGGCCGGUGAGAGAUGGGGGCUUUCAGCCCCAAAAUGCCUGAACAGUCAUGGGUGGGGUGUUUAGUGGUACUGUGGGGAGGAGAAAUUUCUCCCUGUCCGUUGCAGAGAAAACAGAACAAUCCCACAUCAAAGCUGUCCUAGAGAAGUACUUGCUGUUUGUCAUUGCGGUUCUAGAGCAGCCCGAUGUGCUGUUAAAGGUUGUGGUGGUGCGGGUCAGGGAUCCCCAGGCUGUGCCGAGACCGCAGGACGGCUGCUGGUGGAACAAAGUCAAGGACAACUUCUCAGAGUAAGAACCUCUCUAUUUGUUCUCCUCGGGACACAUCCCUUUGCCUCUGGACCCCUCACAAGCUCACUCGCCACCUUGUUCCCUCAGAAACCCGUUUCCUCCCAGUUCCUCUGCGAUUGCCCUGCCUGCCUUUGGGUCCCUGCAGGCUCGUUGGUGGCAUCACGGUGCCUGUUUGACCUUUUGCCCCGUUAAAUUCCCCUCUUUUCUCUCUUCCCCUCAAAACUUCCCCGGUUGCUCUUGUCACAUCCCAGAGGCCCCAUUUUCCCCUCUUGUCUCCUCUCAGGACCCCCCAUCUGUUGGCCCCUGUCGAGGGUUUAGACUGCGGGGUGACAGUAAAACCCUGGCAGAUGUAUUGUUAACCCCGUCUCCCCCCCACUUCCCCCUUUUGCCCCUCCCUCUCCCCCCUUCCCACUCAGGACAGGCGAUCCGGAGGGAAAGAAGGACAGAGAGAAGAGAGUUGGAAAAACUGGCAAUGUUUUACUAAUGCUAUAUUAAGAGCAGAGAAAAUAAUACAAAACCAAUCCUGAAAGUCUCAGCAACUGCAGAGCCGGCACCUGAAGUCCUGGACUGGACUCUGCAGCCAACCGGAGCUGGAUUCAGUCUCUCAGCAGGCCUCAGUUUGCAGGGACGACUAGCAAGGUCCUCUCCUAAUGUCACCAUAAGCAGAAGGGACGAAAAGGGACAAAGAGGACAAGAUCCUCAUGAUCUGCCACUUCUAUAUGAAGUAUUCAUGUGAAGGGGAUGUUAUACACGGUUGGUCAGUUUGUUGGUCACCUGUUUCUUGUUGCUCCUCUUGCAAGAUGUGAAUCUGUCCUUAUCAACAAGUAAGCAUUCCAUUGCAGUGUUUAUCAAAACAUGUAUGUAUCUGGUUCUCCAGGAAAAGGCAGCUAAUAUGAAGCUUUAGCUGACAGGCAAAUUCAUGCUGUCUGCCUAUCAGAUUGCCGGAGGGGCGGGCGUCGAGGGCUGGGUACUGCGUGCCGCCCGCAGCCAAUGAUGGUGCGGAAGAGGCGGGCGUUGCGGUGUCCCUACUGCGCAUGCCCCAGUCGCGAGCCCUGAUAGGCGGAGAGGGAGAUGAUUGACGUGUCCCGGGGAGCGAACCGGGAUGCGGCAAGGGGCGGGUGCUGCAGUCUCCCUAGUGCGCAUGCCCAAACCGCGAGCGCUGAUAGGUCCGCGGUGUCUCGGUGCCGGGGCCGGGGGGGGAGACCGGGAGCGAACGGGAACGGGGGUCGGGGCGGCUGCGGAGCGCUCGCUGCGGCCGGCGCCCGGGCAUCGGGAGGCGGGCGGCUCAGGACCGCCCUUCGUGAGGUUUCCCGGAGGCGGCAGGAGGGCGGAGGGGAAGGAGGGGACAGCCGGGGACCUCCCGCUGCGCGCGUGUCCGGGGCGCGGCGGCUGUCGGUGCCCGCGGAGCCCGGCGGGACGGCGGGGGAGCGCGAGGGGCACGGAGCGGCGAAAGAGGCGGCAGGUGAGUGCGGCAGCGGCGAGGGUGACCGUGCCGUUGGAACGGGGGGAGCGGGAGGGGCCGGCGCGGCGCGGCGCGGAGGCGUUCGGUUCCGGUUCCCCCCCCCCCGCCCUUACGGCCGCGCUGGCGAAGCUGCUGGGAGGCGUGCGGUCCGGAGCCGCGUCUCCCUCCGGCGCAGCGCCCGUGCCCGGUGCGGCAGCCCCUCCGGGAGCGGCGCAGCCCCCGUCGGUCGCGGGGACGGUUACAAGCAGAGCUAAGGCGCGGUUGCGGGCGGGCUGGGUGGCGUGGCGAGCGGGGCGCCGCUUCGGCGGGAGCUCGGGGCGAGCCCCGGCGGGUUCCGUGUCCUGCGGCGCGGCUUUCGCGCCGCGGCUCUCUCUGUGCGCUUUUUUGUUUGGUCGCGUUUGCUUUUUGGGUUUUUUUUGGCGGGAUUCCCGCGAAACGCGGCACGAGCGCUCGCCCGGGGCUGCCGCGGCGGGUCUCAGUGGCGCCGUCCUGUGGGCAAAGCGCGGUACUGCACCCGGCCGCCCCAACGCGGUGCCGCGGCGCGCCUCGGUGCUGCCGCCCUGUGGCGAAACUCGGGUACUGCAGCGCACGGCAAGGGGGGGGGGCAGAGACGCCGAUCGAGCCGCGGGGGUUCGCGGUCGGGUCUGUGCGUGCCGGUGUCCGUCCCCCCCGACGGGGGUCAGGUCCCCAUUGGUGUGCAAACGACACCCCUCCCUCGGUGCCUCCUUAAACGUUUAAUGAUGUAAAUACUGCUCCUGCUAACGUUGUCGGCGCGGCUUCUUUCCUCAGGGGAUCCGUCCGGCAGUCGGUGGCCCACGGUUGCUCGGCAACAGCAGAAGCGGAUUGAAGGGACCGGCCGCUGGAGGAUGCCGAAGCCUCCCGGGUCAGCGAUGGGAGCAGCUUUGCGUAAAGCGAGGGGUACGUGAAGCCGGGCGUGCGGUGCCGACCGCCCAGCAGGUAAGGGAAGCUAUAGCUUUACCUCCAGGGACUUCUGCCCAGAAAGCUGAAGCAAUUGCUCUCGCGUGAGCUGUAGAGUUACGCAAAGAGAAGAAGAUUAGUAGCUGCACUGAUUCUAAGCAGGUUUCUUGAAGGGUGCGGGCCCUUGAAGCCGUUUGAAAAGAAUAAAGUGUAUUAACGGCACAAGGGAGGCAGAUUAAACGUGAUGCUCCGGUUGCUGGAAGCUGUGCUGUUGCUAGGAGAGUUGCCGUCACGCGUUGCAACGGGCCUCAGAAGGGAAACGCUGCUCAGGAAACUGGCAAUAAAUUGGCAGGCGCCGCUGUAAAACCAGCCACCGAGAGGACAGAGACCGGUACGGAAGCCGCGUCUGUGAGCCCAGGUGGCCGUGUCCUCCAGCCAACGUCAGGAAACUGUAACAAAGAGCAUAAGCAAUUAAUAGGAGAUUAAUAGCCCGAUCAGAAUUAGGGUCCAAAGGAGCCGUCACCGGCGACGGGAGAGCAGCGGCGCCUCGCGGCGCGAGGAGCUGACGCGCUCUGUCGAGAUCGGACGAACAGGUAAGAGCGAAUUUAGAAGCCCUGUGCGAACGAGGCAAUGGGAAACGUGCCUAGAAAACCGUCUUGAUGGUGCACACGGGGUACAGACAAGAGCAGCCGGACGAGGGAAACGUACCAGGACGACGCUGGCAAAGGGAGUUCUCCGAGCUGCCUGGAAAAGGGGGGUGUCGAUACCGGCCGGCACGAACGGCUCCCUUCUCGGGUCGGCCGGAAGCGUUGCCGUGCCGGGGGGCGGCUGCCGGCCUGCGGGCCGGGGCUGCGGCUGUUUGGGGCGCUGCCCCCGCUUUGUUUUCCUCAGGGAGCCCCCCCACGUUCGGGGGCUUGUGGGACGUGCACGUGCGAAUGACACGGUGUUCCCAGCUGCUCUGUUCUCUGCCUUGUUUUUUCAGACGCCUGUCCCUGUUUUCUCUUCCCGCUUUUGAAGAGAAGCUGCCGAGUCAGCGUACGCUGCGGUGAAGUUCUACAAGAUGCGGCCCUCAGGAACCGGUUGACGUGAGGGAAAUGCUUUCUGACCGCCUGCGCGGUGAGGGGACGUUUUUCACCUUUUAGCUCCUUCUGCACGACAAGAGGGAGACGGAAGGUUAAGUAACACGUUGUUUAGGAGCUGAGAGCUUAGUUUGUAUUUAACUAAUAAUUAAGAGACGUGUUGUCAGCGAGAAACUAAACGAUUACAACUAACCUCAUCAAAUGAAGUAAAGACAGGCCAGCCAGGCGUGGUGGUGGAGUUGCUCUCUAUGUGAGAGAGCAGCUACAGUGUACUAAAUUCUGCCCGGGAGCGGAUGAGGAGCGAGUUGAGAGUGUAUGGGUCAGGAUCAAGGGGCAGGCUGGCAGGGGUGACACUGCUGUGGGCGUCUGUUGCAGGCCAGCAGAUCAGGCUGAGGAAGCUGAUGAGGCCUUCUAUGGGCAGCUGAGAGCGGCCUCACGGUCACAGGCCCUGGUUGUUGUGGGGGAUUUUAAGUUCCCUGCUGUUUGCUGGAAGGACCGUUCAGCCAGCCAGCCACAGUCCAGGAGGUUCCUGCCGUGCAUCGGUGAGAACCGCCUCAUGCAGGUGGUGGAGGAGCCGACUGGGAGAGGUGCACUGCUGGAUCUCAUCCUCGCUAGCAAGGAGGGUCUGGUCGAAGCAGGAAAGGUUGAGGGCUGCCUGGGUUGCAGUGACCACGAGAAGGUGGAGUUCAGCAUCUUGGGUGGCAGGAACAGAACAGCAAGUAGAAUUGCAGCCCUGGACUUUAGCAGGGCUAACUUUGGCCUUUUCAAGCAAUUGCUGGGGGAAAUCCCACGGGCAAGACUGCUUGAAGGAAAAGGGGCCCGAGAUAGCUGGGUUGCAUUCAGAGAUUGCUUCUUCCACGCUCAGGAUCAGAGCAUCCCCACACGAAGGGAGUCAAGGAAGGGAGCCAGGAGGCCUGCGUGGUUGAACAGGGAUCUGUUGGGUAUGCUCAAGCAGAAGAGGAGAGUUUGCAGGUCAUGGAGGCAGGGGCUGGCCACUUGGGAGGAAUAUAAGGCUGCUGUUAGAGGAUGCAGGAAGGCAGCUAGGAUAGCCAAGGCCCCCUAGAAUUACAGCUGGCGAGAGGGGUCAAGGACAGCAAAAAGAGCUUUUUCAAAUCCAUAGCAGAUAAAACUAACACCAGAGGCAAUGUAGGCCCACUGAUGAACGGGGUGGGUGCCCUGGUGGCAGAAGAUACAGAGGAGGCAGAAUUCCUGAAUGCCUUCUUUGUCUCUGUCUGCUCUGCCGGAGGCCGUCCUGGGGAGCCCUGUACCCCUGAGACCCCGGAUGAAGCCAGGUCAGUGGAGGAGUUUGCUUUAGUCGAUGAGGACUGGGUUAGGGAGCAAUUAAAUAGUCUGGACAUCCAUAAAUCCACGGGUCCGGAUGGGAUGCACCCGCGGGUGCUGAGGGAGCCGGCUGAAGUCACUGCUGGACCGCUCUCCGUCAUCUUUGCCAAGUCUUGGGAAACGGGGGAGGUGCCCGAGGACUGGAGGAAAGCGAAUGUCACUGCAGUCUUCAAAAAGGGCAAGAAGGAGGACCCGGGUAAUUACAGACCGGUCAGCCUCAGCUCUGUCCCUGGGAAAGUAAUGGAACAGCUUCGUCUAGACAAUAGAGCAGUGAGGUGGGUUGCAAACUGGCUUAAGGAGAGAAGCCAGAGAGUGGUAGUCAAUGGUGCGGAGUCCAGCUGGAGGCCAGUAUCCAGUGCAGUGCCUCAGGGGUCAGCGCUGGGGCCAAUGUUAUUCAAUAUAUUCAUUAACGAUUUGGACGAGGGAAUAGAGUGCACUAUCGGCGAGUUUGCUGAUGACACCAAGCUGGGAGGGGUGGCUGACACGCCAGAAGGCUGUGCUGCCAUCAGAGACCUGGACAGGCUGGAGAGUUGGGCGGGGAAUAACCUGAUGAAAUUUGACAAGGGCAAGUGUAGAGUCCUGCACCUGGGCAGGAACAACCCCAGGUUCCAGUAUAGGUUGGGAAAUUACAUGUUAGAGAGCAGUGUAGGGGAAAGGGACCUGGGGGUCCUGUUGGACAACAGGAUGACCAUGAGCCAGCCCUGGGCCCUUGUGGCCAGGAAGGCCAAUGGCAUCCUGGGGUGUAUUAGAAGGGGGGUGGUUAGUAGGUUGAGAGAGGUUCUCCUUCCCCUCUGCUCCGCCCUGGUGAGACCGCAUCUGGAAUAUUGUGUCCAGUUGUGGCCCCUCAGUUCCAGCAGGACAGGGAACUGCUGGAGAGGGUCCAGCGUAGGGCAACCAAGAUGAUUAAGGGAGUGGAGCAUCUCCCGUGUGAGGAAAGGCUGAGGGAGCUGGGGCUCUUUAGUUUGGAGAAGAGGAGACUAAGGGGGGACCUUAUCAAUGUUUAUAAAUAUAUAAAGGGUGAGUGCCAUGAGGACGGAGCCAGGCUCCUCUCGGUGGCAAACAACGAUAGGACAAGGGGUAAUGGGAUCAAGCUGGAACACAAGAGGUUCCACUUAAAUUUGAGAAGAAACUUCUUCUCAGUGAGGGUGGCAGAGCCUGGCCCAGGCUGCCCAGGGGGGUUGCGGAGCCUCCUUCUCUGGAGACAUUCAAAACCCGCCUGGACAUGCUCCUGUGCGACCUCACCUGGGCGUUCCUGCUCCAUGGGGGGAUUGGACUGGAUGAUCUUUUGAGGUCCCUUCCCGUCCCAAACAUACAGUGAUACUGUGAAGAAUGCGGCUUAGCAGCGCUGCUGACUCUGCCGUCCCGUUCCCUUCCCCGUUUCAGCCGGCGAGGCGGCCGGAGGACCCGCUCUGUGCGGCCGCGGGGCCCGCGGAGUCGAGGGCUCUGUCGGCGCGCCCCGGGGGUUUCUCUGGAGAGACUCCUCGUCUCGGUCGCGUCGCGGCGGGGACGGACGAGGACCUCUGGCGAGGGGUCUUUCUGCGCUGGGAGCCGGGACCGGGCACGCGCUCGCGGGGCGUCCGUAAGUCGCGGUACGGAAUUUAGGCAGGAUAGCGCGCACGGGCUUGCGAGCGCCUUACAGGCGUGCGGUGGUUGCUCGUGCGGCCAGCUUUUGGUGUCGGUUGUUCCGGCGCUCCGUCGCGGUGUAGAGCCGGCCCCGUACGUAGCGGUGAGGCGUACCGCAGUUCGGUUUGAUUCUCGGAUAGGCCUCGGCUCUGACUGUGCACUCGAACGCCAAAACCUACAGCGGAAGCUGCGGUGGCUUUAGCGUGCAAGGGGCGCGAGCGCCGUGAAGCCGCCCGUGUGGCCGAGCGUCCCGAUCGCGGCGCUGAGCGUUAGACGGACUUGAGCCGCGUGCCGGAAUUGUUUUGUUUUGGAGAGGGCGGGAUAAACUUGGAGCACAACUUGUGAGUGCGGUACGUCGUGGGCAGGUUUUAGUAUUGCCUGUGGAGUGCCGCUAGAAGCGUUCGUAGUUCUUGCUUGUCUCUGUUACUAGAUGAGCCGUGUCGUCCUGCGUGACGCGUAACGGGAGGACGGCGCGGUAGCGGUGCUCUGCACAAGAGCCCGUUGGGGGUAUUUUAGCUCGCGGGAAAGGGAUUGGGGAACCACCUGGUGGGAAUGCGAGGAGAGCAGCCCUGGCGGAAUCUGAGGAGCCGAGGCCGUUGUAUAAAUUGGACAAGGAAGGAAAGGCUGCGGGCACAGCGCGGUGCUGCACCCGGCCGCCCCAACGCGGAACUCUAAUGUGGAAUUCCUGUGUUUCAGAGGGGGAGCUGUGACCGCCCCGUGCUCAGCAGACCCCCCAGCCCGGGUGGGGGGAGCAGCGCCGGAGCGGGAGACGCGGCUCCGUCCUCCGUCCCCAGCGUGCCGGGGGGCGGCUGCCGGCCUGUGGGACGUGGCUGCGGCUGUUCGGGGCGCUGCCCCCCAUGUUUGGGCGCUCUGAGCAGCCCGAUGUGCUGUUAAAGGUUGUGGUGGUGCGGGUCAGGGAUCCCCAGGCUGUGCCGAGACCGCAGGACGGCUGCUGGUGGAACAAAGUCAAGGACAACUUCUCAGAGACUUACUUAUUACUGUUGUGAGAGUCCGAGAGAAAAGGAGGAGUGUCUGUGACUUACAGCUGUCGUUGUUGAUCUACAGUGUUUUAGAGACGGAUUCUUGCAGGAUCUAUUUCUGGUUCGUCCUUCACUCCUCCCCAGACCGCAGCGCUGGUCCGAGUUCCCCAGCACACGUGUGUGUGUCCAGCCGGGUACGCUGGGGGAGCGCGUCAGGGCGGGCAGACGGCUGAAUGGACGCGCUGUCAGCGACUGCGGAACGAGCUGGGGCUGCUUUGACCGUGUCCAGCCUUCUUUCUCCCCCCUCCACCCCUACCCUGCUGCGUUCAGUGCAGUGAAUGACCGUGAGGAGAUGGCUGUGGAUCUGGCUGUUGAAGGGUGUGUGAAGGAGAAGGAGGUGUGUGUAGAGCAGGAUUGGUGGUGGAGAUCUCCCAAUCACAGAGACAGCGUCGCUGUGCAGCUGCUAAGGACAGCGCGUCUCGUGCAGAAGAGCAUCCUUUGUGCUCCGUGUGCGUGUUCCUCCUUUGAAAUGAAGUUGUGCCGCCCGGUGUUCCACGUUACGUGUGGUACCUGCUGGGCUGAGUCUCCUCCCCGCGCUCCGGUCGGUUCCGUCGCGCUGCCGCAGCCCCGGCAGCACCGCGGCGUUCGCUGGACGCGUUGUUGGCGGAGCCGGCACCGACAAUCUUGACACGUCGAGGCGCUGCGGUGGGUUUGCCUGGAAAUUCCAAGGUAAUUCCAAGGCAGACAGUAAUAAUCCCCAAUUUAUGUAGUAAAAUUUAAAAGAGUGGAAUAUAAAUACUGGAUCACUAAUUGGAAGUAAUACCUGUAGAGAAAAAAACCUCUAGUUUAUAUCUACAAUAAAAAAUAAUGUGUGCUAGUAAAUCCGCCUGGUAGUAAUGUAAUGAUAAAAAUGUUAAAGUGUAAAUAGAUGAAAUUAUAUAGGCAUGAGCAAGAAGUAAAUUUAAUUUCAGCUAUUACUUGGUGAACUAGGCAGCAGUUGUUCCCAAUCUGAAUGCUAGUUUAAAAAACACAUUGUUUGGAAUUCCUUUUAAAUGAUAAAGGCAGAAAACUAAUGUGGAGUCAUUGGUAGCUUCAUUUGAACAACCGUUAUGAAAUAAACCGCAGACACGAAUGACUGCAUAGGAAACAAAGUGAGGAAGCUUUAGAUUUUAAACAGCAUUGGAAAGUGAUCGGGAGUGUUUAGUAUUUAAAUUAUAACAGAGCCACGAGAUGGGAGGCAACAAAGCUCAGAACCAAACAGAGUCAAAACGUUACAUUUCUUUUUUUAAAGAGAAGUAUAAAGGAACCACUAAGUAGUGGCUGUUUAUAAACAGGGGUAUUAAAAAGUUCCCAGGCAGUAAUGAUUCCCAACAGAACACUAAAAGAUAUUUAGAUGUAAAAUAAUAUUAGAAAACAGUUAUGACAGUCUGAAUUUAACCACAGCUUUUUUGGGGUUGUGCAAAAACAUGACCGCUAUUAAUUACCUCUGAGUUAAAAUAAAAAGACAUCAAACUAGAUGUGAUUAACAACAGCUAAUUUUAAUUUUUCAGUGUGCUAUCCAGUCCGGCUUCUCCCUCCAAGGGCGUGGUCUGAGAAAGCCACACCCCCAACUCCCCCCGUCCAAGCUCCGCCCCUGCCAGUCUGUGCCCUCCCCGAGGCGCGUGUCCCUUACAGACCCCUCCCAGCAGCAUAAUGCAUCGAAGCCCCGCCCGCGGCUCCACCCCUAAACUCAGCCCCUGCUAAACCACGCCCCCUCAGAGCACGUGCUGUACAGAGCCCACCCUACUCUCGGCUCCACCCCUCCCUUCCUAAGCUACGCCCUCUUUGGGCGUGUCCUUCUCCCUACCCCAAGCGGCUCCUCCUAUGGGGGUGUGACACACGGAGGCCCCACCCCCUGCCCAGUUUCCCCAGGUGGGCCUCCCAAUGGGCGUGUCUUCCCAGUCCACGCCCCUCAGCACGGAUCCCACCCCCGUGGGUGGGGCUACACCCAGCUGCGCGCUCGGCCCCCCCACCCAUGCGUGACCCUAAGUAACCCCAUGGCAGCCCUAUGGCUGCCCCACAGGUAUCGCUACAGCAGCCCUGCUCCUGCCCCGCAAGAGCUCCAGACACGCCUCUGCAGAGCCCCCACAGCAGCCACUUCAGUGCCCCACAGCUAUCACCGCAGCCGCCCCAUCCCGCCCCACGGCCGCCGCUGCGGGACCCCUGGAGCCCCCGGCCCCACACCCGCCCCGCAGCCCCACAGCGCGCGGUCUCGCGGCCGCGGUGCCGGUGAAGCCACGUGCCGGCCGCGGCCGGAGGAGCCGCCGGUUUUCCCCCCCGCACCCCCCGAUCGCUGCUGCCGCGGCUGGAGGAGCCGCUGGUUUCCCGCCCACACAUCCCCCGAUCGCUGCUGCCGCGGCCGGAGGAGCCGCCGGUUUCCCCCCCACACCCCCCGAUCGCUGCUGCCGCGGCCGGAGGAGCCGCCGGUUUUCCCCCCCCCACACCCCGAUCGCUGCUGCCGCGGCCGGAGGAGCCGCCGGUUUCCCCCCCCACAUCCCCCGAUCGCUGCUGCCGCGGCCGGAGGAGCCGCCGGUUUCCCCCCCUCACACCCCCCGAUCGCUGCUGCUGCCGCGGCCGGAGGAGCCACCGGUUUUGCCCCAACAUCCCCCGAUCGCUGCUGCUGCCGCGGCCCGAGGAGCCGCCCGUUUCCCCCCCACAUCCCCCGAUCGCUGCUGCUGUCGCGGCCGGAGGAGCCGCCGGUUUCCCCCCCCCACACCCCCCGAUCGCUGCUGCUGCCGCGGCCGGAGGAGCCGCCGGUUUUCCGCCCAGCCCCGACUCUCCUCCUUCCUCCUAAAUCGCCGCUGCAUGCCGCCACGAUGUCUUCUCUUCCGCCAUCUUGUUUCCCCCUUCUGCGCUCAUUCGCUAUUUUAUACCGAGGGAGGGAGGAGGCGCUCGCUGAUUGGCUGACAGUGUCAGCCUCGGAAGUCGUCCAUUGGCUCAUCCCCACGAGGGGUUCUCCGAGGGGGUGGGAGAAAGGCGCUGAUUGGUCACCGUGUCGCUGAGGGGAGGAAGGCACUGAUUGGUCACUUUCCGCCGAAGUUCGCCCUCCCAGUAACAGGCGCUGAUUCGCUAGCGCCCCUGAGGUAGAAAAGGCGCUGAUUGGUCGGCGUUUUCUCGCCGACGUUAGCCCACAGCAACGAAGCGCUGAUUGGGCAGCGCGGCUGACGGGGCGGCUCGGCCAUUGGCAGGAGGGCGGGCGGGGGGCGGGACCGGGCGGGACAACGAGGUAAUAAAUGGGGCGGCGCAGAACGCGCGCAGGACCAGAAAGGCGGAGGCGGCAGCGGCAGCGCGAGCUCUUCGGCCCCCCCCUCCCCCCGCCCCCCCGCGGCGGGAAAGCCGAGAACGGCAGGAACGGCGGCCGGAAUCAGUUAACGGGGCGGGUCAGGGCGGUAAUUAUCGUGCGGGUGUUAAUUGGGGCUCGGCGGGUUAAUGAGUGACCGGCGGGCUGGGGUGUAUCUGGGGGUUUUGAUCGGAACUGGGGUUUUAAAGCCGCGGGUUUGGGGGGGGGGGGGGGGGGCGGGGGCGAUUAAGGCUCCCGGAGCCGCUUUAGCGGCUUAAAUCUUUGUGUUGAACGCGGGAGGAGCCGGUUCGGGGCUUUUCUCAGCAAUCGGGGCUGGUUUGGGUCCAAUUCGGCUUUUAAAAGAUGUUUUUACGUAAUUUUUGGGUGCCGAUUUGUGCCAGAAGGCGCCUUUGAAAUCUGUUUAUUGAGGGUUUAUCAGGAGAAUUAAAGUUUAAAGCUCGGGGAGAUUUGGGGCUUUUCCCCGGGAUUUUGAGUCCAAAUCGGUUUUUUUAGAGCCCUUAUUUAUUUAAGUUGUUAUGUUUAAAGGGUUUAUUUGAGGUUUUAUUUGGAACAUUUUGGGCGGGUUUGAGGCUCCUAAGAUUUAAUUGUUGGUUUAUUAUUUGAUUUAUUAUUUCACUGCGGUUCGGGGCUCCUGAAGACGCUGAGUUGUUUCAAUUAUUUAGCGCUGUGAGGAGCCGUUUUGGGGCCGUUGGGGUCUAAAUCGGCUUUUUAAAAGGUUUAUUUAACGCGUUUAAAGUUUGAGGGGCCGAUUUGCGACUUUAAAGCUUUUUGAAUCUACUUAUUGAUAAGAAUUUAUACAAUAGAUUAAUAUUUAAAGCCCGGGGGGUGAUUUGGGGCUGUUUCCCAGGAUUGCGAGUCCAAAUGCGUUUUUUUCUGUUAACCGCUUAUUAAUUUAAAUUAUUAUAUUUAAACGGGGCUUUUUGAGGUUUUAUGAGGGUUUUUUUGAGCAUUUUGGGCGGUUCUGAGGCUCCUAAAGCCGCUUAAUUGUUUAAAUUAUUAAUUGUUAAAAUAAUGUAAGUAGUUGUUGAAAUAAGUGUGUAAGUUAUUGUAUUUAAAGCCGGGAGGGGCAUUUCGUUGCUUUUUGGGGGGUUUUAGGGCUGAAUUCACUUCAUUGAACGUGUCUAGAGCUGGGGGUCCCAGAUCUGGUGCUGAUUUGGCCCCAAAAAAAGCUUUAAAAAUCUAUUUAUUUAUAUAAUUUACUGAAUUAAUAUUUAAGCGGGAACAUGUUCGGCUUUUUUAACCCGCCGCCAUUUUGUCUCCCCCGUCCCGCUCUCCCUCACGCUGAGGGGGCCGAGGAGACGCUCGCUGAUUGGCCGGUGCCGUCUGGCGGGAAAGCCUCCCCCGGCUCAGCCCCGCUCGGCUGUCUCCGAGGGAGAGAAAGGCGCUGAUUGGUCGCUGCCUCUGAGGAGAGAAAGGCGCUGAUUGGUCGCCGCCUCCCUAAACCCACCUCCUGCGCAGAGAACAGCGAAGGCAGCCUGGCCACGCCCCCUCCGGCUGACCGCGCGUGCCCCCCCCCCCCCCCGCAACUCGGCUGACCGCGUGCCCCCCCCACUGCACUCCUGCUGACUGUGCCCCCCCGCCCCCCCCGGCUGACCGCGUGCCCCCCCCACUGCACUCCUGCUGACUGUGCGCCCCCCCCACCUCCUCCGGCUGGCCACAUCUCCACUGCACACCAUGGCGGGGAAGGGGCGGGGGGGGAUCACAAGGGUCUAUGGGGCGGUGUGGGGGUCAGGGGGGCUGUGGGGUCAAUGGGGUUGUUGUGGGGUGAAACACCCCUGAAGAGGCUGAACACCCUGCAGGUGAGUGACCCACACAGUGCCCCACAGUUCCCCAUAGCACCUCCAUUCUGCCCUAUGGAUCCACAACACUGCCCCACAGCACCCUAUAGCUCCUGCUUGCUAUCCCACAGCACCCCAUGGCUUCUCCACUCUGCCCCAUAUGUCUACAGCAGUGCCACAGAGUACCUCAUAUGUCUUCCACUCUGCCCCAUGGGUGCAGAGUGCUGCCCUACAGCACCCUAUAGCUCCUGUACUCUGCCCCACAGAUCCACAGUGCUGUCCCACAGCACCCUAUAGCUCAUUUGGCCUAUAGACCCACUGUACUGCCCUACAAUGCCCCAUGGCUCCUACACUCUGCCCCAUAGACCCACAACACUGCCUCACAACACCCCAUUGCUCCUGCACUCUGCCCCAUGGAUGCCCAGUACUGCCCCACAGCACCAUAUAGGUCCUGUACUCUGCCCCAUAUAUCCACAGGAGUGCCCUGCAGCACCCCAUGGCUCCUGCACUCUGCCCCAUGGAUGCCCAGUACUGCCCAACAGCACCAUAUAGGUCCUGUACUCUGCCCCAUACAUCCACAGGAGUGCCCCCCAGCACCCUAUGGCUCCUGCAUUCUGACCCAUGGAUGCCCAGUACUGCCCCACAGCACCAUAUAGGUCCUGUACUCUGCCCCAUACAUCCACAGGAGUGCCCCCCAGCACCCCAUGGCUCCUGCACUCUGCCCCAUGGAUGCCCAGUACUGCCCCACAGCACCGUAUAGCUCCUCUACUCUGCCCCAUACAUCCACAGGAGUGCCCCCCAGCACCCCAUAGUGACUCUACUCUUCCCCAUAGACCCACAGUGCUGCCGCACAGGACUCUACUCUGCCCCUUAGACCCAGAGAGCUGCCCCACAGCAGCCUGUAGGUGCUGCGUUCUGCCCCAUUGGUGCAAAGUGCUGCCCCACAGCGCCCCACACCUCUGUCCACCUGACCACCCUUCCCUCCUGACUGCGCCUGCGCUGCCCACUAUGGGUGGGUCACAAGGGUCUAUGGGGCGGUGUGGGGGUCAGGGGGGCUGUGGGGUCAAUGGGGUUGUUGUGGGGUGAAACACCCCUGAAGAGGCUGAACCCCCUACAGGUGAGUGACCCACACAGUGCCCCACAGUGCCCCAUAGCACCUCCAUUCUGCCCUACGGAUCCACAACACUGCCCCACAGCACCCUAUAGCUCCUGCUUGCUAUCCCACAGCACCCCAUGGCUUCUCCACUCUGCCCCAUAUGUCUACAGCAGUACCACAGAGUACCUCAUAUGUCUUCCACUCUGCCCCAUGGGUGCAGAGUGCUGCCCUACAGCACCCUAUAGCUCCUGUACUCUGCCCCACAGAUCCACAGUGCUGUCCCAUAGCACCCUAUAGCUCAUCUGGCCUAUAGACCCACUGUACUGUCCUACAAUGCCCCAUGGCUCCUACACUCUGCCCCAUAGACCCACAACACUGCCUCACAACACCCCAUUGCUCCUGCACUCUGCCCCAUGGAUGCCCAGUACUGCCCCACAGCACCAUAUAGGUCCUGUACUCUGCCCCAUAUAUCCACAGGAGUGCCCUGCAGCACCCCAUGGCUCCUGCACUCUGCCCCAUGGAUGCCCAGUACUGCCCAACAGCACCAUAUAGGUCCUGUACUCUGCCCCAUACAUCCACAGGAGUGCCCCCCAGCACCCUAUGGCUCCUGCAUUCUGACCCAUGGAUGCCCAGUACUGCCCCACAGCACCAUAUAGGUCCUGUACUCUGCCCCAUACAUCCACAGGAGUGCCCCCCAGCACCCCAUGGCUCCUGCACUCUGCCCCAUGGAUGCCCAGUACUGCCCCACAGCACCGUAUAGCUCCUCUACUCUGCCCCAUACAUCCACAGGAGUGCCCCCCAGCACCCCAUAGUGACUCUACUCUUCCCCAUAGACCCACAGUGCUGCCGCACAGGACUCUACUCUGCCCCUUAGACCCAGAGAGCUGCCCCACAGCAGCCUGUAGGUGCUGCGUUCUGCCCCAUUGGUGCAAAGUGCUGCCUCACAGCGCCCCACACCUCUGUCCACCUGACCACCCUUCCCUCCUGACUGCGCCUGCACUGCCCACUAUGGGUGGGUCACAAGGGUCUAUGGGGCGGUGUGGGGGUCAGGGGGGCUGUGGGGUCAAUGGGGUUGUUGUGGUGUGAAACACCCCUGAAGAGGCUGAACCCCCUACAGGUGAGUGACCCACACAGUGACCCACAGCAGCCCAUAGUCCCUCUGCCCUAUAGAGUCACUGCACCCCAUAGCUGCUUUUACUCUGCCCCAUAAAUGGACAGCAGUGCUCCACAGCACCCUAUAUCUCCACUGUGCCCCAUAGACACACAGUGCUGUCCCACAGCACCCCAUAUCUUGUUCACUCUGCCCUAUAGACCCACAGUGUAACCCUACAGCACCCCAUAGUUCCUCUGCCCUAUAGAUCAACAGCACUGUCCCAGAAAACACCAUAGCUUCUUCCCACUAGCCCAUAGGCCAGCAAUUCUGCCCUACAGCGCACUAGCUCCUGCACCCUAUCCCAUAGACCCACAGCAGUGCCCCACAGAUCCAGUCUGCCCUAUACAGCCACAGCACUGCUCUGCAGCACCAUAUACUUCCAGCACUCUGGCCCAUUGAUAUGUAGCACCCCACAGCUGCUGCAUUCUGCCCAUAGAUCGACGUUCCUGGGUCCCCUCACCCCACCAGCUGUCCUGGGUUGCGAUGCUGCACGGGGCCCUGUGCACAACAAAAUGAGGACAGCAUGGCUGCUGGGCGCCACCCUGCUUGGAAUCCAAGAUGGCUGGGGGGAGGGCUGGCAGCCAUGCUGGCACUGCCGGAGGGGCUGUUGGUCUGCGCCGUGCUCAGGCGGCAGCUCCCGGCUGUAUCGGCUGCUCCUGUAGCCCUGCACCCUGCCCAUGGGAACAAGGUGGCUGCCCUGAUGGGCGUGGCCAUCUCGGCUGCUGUGUCCCUGCUGGUGGGCGGGGCCAUGGCUGUCAUGGCUGCCAAGCCUGUGCUGGAAGGGUGGGGCUGAGGUGGGCGGUGCCUGCCUAGGGUGGCCAUUUUGGGGUGGGGCCCAAGGUGGGUGGUGGGGCCUGUGACUCUGUUUGCCCCUGACGGCCAUCUUGGAAAAGGGCAGCACUGUGCCGCUGCCAUCCUGACGUUGCUCCCCCAGGGCCAUGUUGGGGGAUUUUUAACCUGGUUUUGGGGCCAAUUCUCACCCAAUAAAAUUAAAUAAUGUAAAAAAA